AUGGAGGUUAUUGUUCUCGCGUCCAAGAGAAGUCUUCUUCUAGUUUUCCUUGUUAUUGUCAGUCUGUUUCUGAGCCAGAAGGUUACACAUGUCUCUGCCUUUAACCAUACCAAGUCAUACAGACAAGUCAGUAGCUUGAGGCUGAAGAGGAUUCAAAAACACUUGAACAAGAUCAACAAGCCUCCUGUCUUCACCAUCGAGAGUCCAGAUGGUGAUGUAAUUGAUUGUGUACCCAAAAGAAGGCAGCCAGCUUUGGAUCAUCCUCUCUUAAAGCAUCACAAGAUUCAGAAAGCACCGACGAGAAUGCCGAAGAUGAUGGGGAAAGAGAGAAGCGACGAUGUUAAAGAAGCAGAGGCGAAUGUAUUGGAAGGUGCAUGGCAAAUGUGGCACGUGAACGGCACGUGGUGCCCUAAGGGUACUGUUCCAAUACGACGCCACACAAUGAAGGACGUGCUCCGAGCCAAGUCUCUCUUUGACUUUGGCAAGAAGCGCAAGAGCAUUGACCUUCAUCGACGCACAGAAACGCCUGAAACCCUCGGCAGCAAUGGACACGAGCAUGCGAUCGCAUAUACGGAAACAUCGUCGGAGAUAUACGGAGCAAAGGCGACGAUAAACGUUUGGGACCCAAAGAUAGAAGAAGCGAGUGAGUUUAGUCUCUCACAGAUUUGGAUUCUCUCUGGAUCUUUCGUCGGUCCUGAUCUCAAUAGCAUCGAAGCUGGCUGGCAGGUCAGUCCGGAGCUAUAUGGUGACAAUAGACCAAGAUUGUUCACUUAUUGGACGAGUGAUUCAUAUCAAGGAACAGGAUGCUAUAAUCUUAUGUGUGCUGGAUUUAUCCAAACGAAUAACAAGAUUGCCAUUGGAGCUGCCAUUUCUCCCCUCUCUACGUUCAAAGGAAACCAAUUCGAUAUCACCAUUCUCAUUUGGAAGGAUCCGAAAAUGGGGAAUUGGUGGAUGGGAUUGGGUGACAACACACUAGUCGGGUAUUGGCCAUCCGAGAUAUUCACACACUUAGUGGACCACGCGACCACCGUGGAAUGGGGCGGUGAGGUUGUGAACACACGUGCUGCAGGCAGGCACACGACGACCCAAAUGGGGUCUGGUCAUUUUCCGGACGAGGGGUUUGGAAAAGCGAGUUACUUCCGGAAUCUAGAGAUCGUGGAUUCCGACAACAGUCUCGUACCGGUGCAUGACGUCAAGAUACUAGCCGAAAACACUGAAUGUUACGACAUUAAGAGUUCGUAUAGUAAUGAGUGGGGAACAUAUUUUUACUAUGGUGGACCCGGGUUUAAUCCUAGGUGUAAUUGA